UCGGCCUCCCAAAGUGCUGAGACUGCUGGCAUGAGCCACCACCCCCAGCCUACUAUUUCUAUUCUUAUUUUAGCUUCUACCUCACCUCUCUGUGCCCAUGCUGUUCCUCCUGCCUUGGUGCCCUGCCCAAGUUGGCAGGUUUUGAUUGAGGAGGUGCUUUGGAGCAGGUGCACACAGCCACACCUAGGACAAUUGCUGCUGCUGGACUGGAGCAACAAGGUCACACCAAGUGCAAGUGGAGCCGAGGAACCAGCAGAAGCUACCACCAUGGACACUGUAAAUCACAGAGGCCUUUGAUGAUGCUCCUUCAGAGGACUCAGCAGCAGGACUGUUAGCAGGGGGCCAGGAAGGGCAUCUUGGCCUGAAACCAAGAACCACAAUGGCAUUGGCCACUAGUGGCACCUGCCCUCCCCCAUCCCUCUCUCUCAUCCCUACUUCCCACUCUGUCCUGCUCAGUGCCUCCCCACCCCUUGUCUUUUCUCUGGUCAGCUGUGUAGUAAGUGGGAAGGGAGGGGCUAUCAGAGGCAGUGAAGGGAGGAGCCUUUAGGUUUAUAAGUUCCAAAAAGGCCACUCAACUCCCAGAGCUGGAUUCUACUUUAGUAGCUGCUGUGGUUGCCACCAUUCUCAGGACCCUCGCCAUGAAAGCCCUUUUGCUGCUCACCCUGUCUGCUCUGCUCUGCUGGGUCUCAGCUGACAUUCGCUGUCACUCCUGCUACAAGGUCCCUGUGCUGGGCUGUGUGGACCGGCAGUCCUGCCGCCUGGAGCCAGGACAACAAUGCCUGACAACACAUGCGUACCUUGGUAAGAUGUGGGUUUUCUCCAAUCUGCGCUGUGGCACACCAGAAGAGCCCUGUCAGGAGGCCUUCAACCAAACCAACCACAAGCUGGGCCUGACAUAUAACACCACCUGCUGCAACAAGGACAACUGCAACAGUGCAGGCCCCCGGCCCACUCCAGCCCUGGGCCUUGUCUUCCUUACCUCCUUGGCUGGCCUUGGCCUCUGGCUGCUGCACUGAGACUCAUUCCAUUGGCUGCCCCUCCUCCCACCUGCCUUGGCCUGAGCCUCUCUCCCUGUGUCUCCGUAUCCCCUGGUUUUACAGAAUAGUCUCUCCCUAGCUCCCUUUUCUUUAAUUAAACACUGUUCCGAGAGGUCUCCUCAUCUAUCCUUCCCGCCUCACACCCUUCACUGCUUUUUCCAGGUCCCUUCCCACUUCCUUCCAGGGCCUCCAUUGGCUCCUAGAAGGGCUCCCCACUUUGCUUCCUACACUCUACUGUCCCCUUCUUGAGAAGGGAUUGGGAUCUGGGCCUGAAAUGGGGCUUCUGUCUUGUCCUCAGUGAAGGCUCCCACAAGGACCUGAUGACCUCACUGUACAGGCUCCCAUACGUACCCCAUCCCCCAUACUGACCUCUUUCCGUUUUGAGUAAUAAAUGUCUGAGUCUGA